AAGCAUUUCGUCAUUUUGAGCUGUUCACUAAAAACUGUGAUGACUCUGCUUUAAAUCAGAACAUUCGUGGUUCAGUUUAUGAGAUAGUAUUGACCUAUGCAAAUACGAAAAAGAAUACGAACAAAGUGAAGGAAGUCGACAUAUUCAAAUCCAUUCAAAAAGUUUACGAGAAUGCCAAAACUGCGGAUCAAAAGGUUGUGACACUCAAGGGCCUUUGCUUUGUUCAAGACGAAAAUCUUAUUCGAGAUGCGUUGAAUUUUUCAAUAUCUGACAAAGUAAAACCUCAAGAUCUUGAUUACGCAUUUUACGGCGCUAUUGAUGCGUUCACGUCCGAAGAGGAUGCUAGAGAAAUCGAAAUGUUCUUUGAUGACAAAAGUACUGAUGAAAUUAAAAGACCACUGAUGCAAAGCUUGGAAGGAAUUCGUGCAAAUGCCAAUUGGUUGAAUCACGCUAAAGAGGAUGUUCCAAAGUGGUUGAAGGAAAAUAAUUAUAUGUAA